AUGCCCGAGUUGAAACAAUCAAAAACCUCGAAAGACUCGAAAGACCUUAAAGAACAAGUUAUGAACUGCCCGCCGCUGCUCAGACCGAACGGAACAGAUCUCAAUCAGUAUUCGAAAAGUCUCAUGGAACAGCUUCAGGUAUUUUGGCUGCUCGUUUUUAUUUACAUUUUCGUUUUUUAGGCACAACUCUUUGCAAACCCCGGUAUGCAAUUCCCAUCGUUCCCUCAGGCGUUCUCAAUUGCUGCACUGACGAACAGUCAACACGAAAUAAAGGAAGAAGAAGGAAAAAAGACACCGAUCGGAGGUACCCCCCAUAAAACUUUUUCGAUUUUCAACUUGAUUUUUCAGAUAACAUCCUGGAAACUGCUUCUGCUCUGGACAGUCGUGAGAAUGGGUCUCCGUCGGACGGGACCAACAGUCCGGACGACAAUGGAAAAAGAAAGCAACGCCGGUACCGAACCACUUUCAGUGCAUUCCAGUUGGACGAACUCGAAAAGGUGUUUGCCCGGACUCACUAUCCGGAUGUAUUCACUCGGUAAGCACCUCAAUUAAAUAUGAACAUUUCACUUUGAAUUUGGAAACAGUUGGGUUGCGUUCAUGGGCCAUAUGGUAUCUCAAUUAGAAAGAUUUCGAACAUGAUAAUGGACAAGGCCGUUUCUCCAAUUUGCCUCCUUUUCCUUUCCCUUUUCAAUGCACCUUCUUUCACUUCCCUUUUCCGAAAAACUGCAAAUUGAAAUGAAAAAUGAAGUGGUGGUGGCAGAAAGGGGAGAAUGAAGGCGAAACUCAUAAUGAAGCAAUCAUGCAAAAUGCACAAUAUCAAGUGUCUCGUUGCGUGUGUUUGCGCAUAGAAGCUUUAAUUGAAGAAGCACAAACUCAUUUGCUCGAAUAUUAAGCGACCACUUUGCUGAGAAUUUUUGAAAGAGAGGGGUCGAAAAGCUCUGGCUUUGCAGCAGACAGUCUGCCUCAACUUUAAUAGAUCCUAAUCCUGAUAUAAUCCGGAUUCGGUAGGUGACAGACCCGUAUCGUGUUACCUUUUCUCUACGGACCACCUGUUAGGUCAUCAAUUAGCGAUUUCCGAUUUCCGUUUUCCACUAUGGAACAAUUACCGGUGCGGUUGACUUUUUCCGUCUGCCUUCUGCUCCAUUUCAUCUUUCUCGUCCGACCGGACACCAAAAACAAUGCGAGAUCAAUUGUCGUAAUGCCGAAAGGAGCGACAAAGGUCCGGUCGCAAUUCAGAGCUAAUUGAGCAAUGACAAUUGCUCUGCCGAGCAACCAUUCAAGAACCCCCUCUCCCUCUUCCUCUUUUGCUAGGAGGUUCACCCGAAACCCUUUCAAGUGCUUAAUUACAUUGAAAAUAUUUUGCAGGGAAGAAUUGGCGACACGAGUCCAGCUCACGGAAGCACGAGUUCAAGUGAGUUACAGUAAGACGUCGCGCUCCGCCCGCCAAAUUCCAUCAGAAAGCCAGCAUGCGCGAUCGCAAAAUUCAUUUGAUAAUGCAUGACAAAUUAUAAAUGCGCCAAAAGUGGACGCGAGCAGCCAAGAUGAGAGAGCCGAGUGGUACUGGAAUGACGAAGAUUGUGCAGAUUUGAUAUCACGAAGAGUACUUAAACCUGCGAAUGAAAAAAUUAAGCACGCGAUGUUAUCUAAAUUGCUUCACGCGACCGAUUGCUCGCUAAUCUCGUUUUUUAAUAGAUCAAACUCACCUAGGCCCGAAAUUUGCGUUGCAGGGACCGAACGCAUGCACGCACUAAUGCGCUAAUUGCUCAUUUACCAGUAUCGCAUUACAGUUUCAUAAUAGUUGCAUCAGAUAUUAAUCAGAAUAAUAGGCGUGAACAAUCUGCCUCUCGUAAUCGCGAUAAUAGAUGCUAUUUUCAAAUCUCGACCCAUGAACACAAUUUUUCUUCAGGUAUGGUUUCAAAACCGACGAGCAAAGUACAGGAAGCAAGAACGAAGCAGCACUCAUCACCCUUAUCAAGCUCCAUUGAGUCUUCCGAGUGCGAACGGCGAGAAUCCGUACCAGAUGAUGUUGAGUCAAGAAGCAUUAUUCGCAGCUUUCAACCAGCAAGCAGCUGCUCAUCUCUUGAGUAUGUUGACCUGAACACAACAAUCUGAUCCGAUUGAGCUAUUUUCAGGCGAACAAGUGCGUAUUGCCACAAACGCGGACCGUCGUUCGCAAUCUCCUUCCGUGCCCGUCACGACUGCAUCUCCGAUCGCUCCGAGUGCAGUCACGCCCACGUUUCCAGCCAAUGCGGAAGCUCUCAACCUUUUCUUCGGUGGAGUCACUCCAGUCACUCAACAGAUGCUCUACAUGCAGCAGUUGACCAGAGCCAUGGAUGCAUUCCGCAACCAGAUCUUCGCUACCACACCAUCUGGAGCCACUGCUGAAGUUGCCGAAGUUGCUCCGGUGAAGGCGGAAGAGCCAAACAGCAGAGCAGCAAGUCCUUCGCCGACACCCACGGAGAGCUCGGGACCGGCUGCCCCUUCUGCGAGCCCGACUAACUUUGCAGACAUGACCAGUUUGAUUGCUGAGGCCAAGAAAGAAGAGAGCACAUGA